AUGUUUGACCCAAAUAUAUUCCUAAACGACAGAGAUCUGAACGAUCCAGAUGGAAAUGGUCAGCCGUUCCUUCCAGAUCUCCAGCAGUUUUUUAUGGCAAACAUUCCUUUUGAGACAGACAAUGGCGAGUUCCCUAAAAGAGAAGACAUGCUGGAAGCAAUGUUUCCCCCACGUCCAGAUCUAGAACCGUUCGAUCCAAGUGUAUUUUUUUCAUUUGAUCCUACUCUGUUCCCCCCAGACGCUCAAGACAUCCAGCGAUUCAUAACACAGCCUUUUGAGUUUUUUCCAAUAGUGAAUUCAGAUAAUUCAACAAAAGAAAAACCUGAGAGCACAAAAUACGAAAACCAGCUCUUGCCUAAGCCUCAAAUCUUAAUCUUAAUCUUAAAUAUUUAUAACGUUUUACGUCCACUAUCCAGAGCUGCCACCAUAUUUGUCCACGUGCCGGGCGCAUGGACCUCUGGAUCGAUCCGCUUUGAUUCUUCACCAUGGCACGGGCAAAUAAAGCGUUCCGGCUUCGAUAGGCUUCACUGCCGCCACGGCUUUAUACGCCUAAGGGUCACCUUCCUCGGGUGUGCUGAGGGGUAAAGACCUGAGCCUCUUGAGUGCAUUGAGGAGCAGCUCCUCUGGUUAUCCCCAGAGUUAAGUCACUAUUGCUCUGCAGAAGUUCUCAUGGUAAAACCCAACCCCAUAAAUAAAUUACUUGAGGGAGAGAAAAUUAGUGGAGCCAAAUUCGCUAGAGCUGAAUACCAUUUUAUUUAUGCAUAAGCCUCAAAUCAUGUAUUCAAACACUGCUAAAAUUGGGACGCUGACGCUUGAAGAAAGACACCUAAAACUCCAAAAGUUUUGGGAGAAGAGGAAAAAAAGAAAUUUCAGUAAAAAGAUCUCCUACGAGUGCAGAAAAAGGGUUGCCGAUGACAGAAUAAGGAUUAGAGGCAGGUUUGUGUCGAAAAUUCAAGCUGAAGCACUAAGAGGCUUGGAAAAUGAAAAGAAUAAUGUAUCUUUCCCAGAUAAGAAAGAGUAA